GCCCUAUUUCUCAAAUUCCAAUUCUCGAUUUACCACCAAAAACAGCCACCGGAAGCAACUGGAGUUCCAAUUUUCGUCUUCGUAACAAAUAAAAGUUCUCUCUCUUCUCUGCCGGGAAGCCGUUGCUCUCCUUUGAGGUUAAGACCUUCUGUUCAAGCAUGGGAGAUAGCGAAUCAGUAGUUACAGAAACAUCUGCCGCCGAGGCUUAUGCUUCGGCUGGUUAUGCUGACAGUGCGUCGAAUCCUGUUCCUGAGGCAGGUGCUGCCGUUGGUGAGUCUGCUGGAGAAGCUGCUCAGGCCCAUCCAGCUUACAGUUAUGGUUAUUCUAAUGUUGGUGAUGGGAAUGGGAAUACUUAUGCUGGGGAUCCUAAUUCUGUUCUACAACAAGCUCAAUUCAAUGCAAACGAUGAUUCCAAGCAAACUGCUGGAGUGACUGAUGCUAGUGAGGCGUCCACUGGGCUCGGAAACAUGGCAACAGAAUCUAAUAUAGUUUCUGCUUACAAUUCAUCCCUAAAUGGCGGUGUUGUCAGUGCAGCAGCAAAUGUAGCAGGACUUGAAAACGGGAAUGCGUUGGAGAGUGUUGAUGGACAAGCUGAUGAGAAACAGCUUACAGAUGGUUAUGCAGCUUCCUUGUCUGCUGAAGAAGAUCGAUUGUGGAAUAUUGUAAGAGCUAAUUCUUUAGAUUUCACUGCUUGGACUGCCUUGAUUGAAGAGACAGAGAAGGUCGCAGAGGACAAUAUUUUGAAGAUUCGAAGAGUUUAUGAUGCUUUUCUAGCAGAGUUUCCCUUGUGCUAUGGUUAUUGGAAGAAAUAUGCUGACCAUGAGGCACGUCUUGGCUCUGUGGAUAAAGUUGUUGAAGUGUACGAACGUGCUGUUCAAGGGAUUACAUACUCAGUGGACAUGUGGUUGCAUUAUUGUAUAUUUGCUAUCAGCACAUAUGGGGAUCCAGAUACAGUUCGUAGGUAAUGGAUGUUUAUGGUUGCCAUUGUUUUUUGCAUUUGGGAGAUUUUGAUCUGAUUUUCCAUUCACUAGGCUCAGUUGUUUCUUGCCUGCUUUCUAACCUAAUUUCAGAAUCCGUGCAACAGUGGUAUCUCCCUUAUAUGGCGGGAAAGCUUUGAUGGGAUUGCAUAUCAGAAUGUUUUCCAUUCUGAUGUUUAAAUCCUUGGUUUUGAGUCUACUAGUUAUGGUAGUUUGAAACUUGUAGGGCCAUUUUCCCCAACAUACUUCUAUUUAUUUCAAAAUCUAUAGUUCAGUAGUUUUUUUCCCUUGUUGGAAUGGUAGCUGUCUUUAUCUUUGACACUCUUGAGGUGCAUCAAUUGCAAAUUGCUGCUGGGAAGAUCUCGUCUGGUUAAGGGCUAAGAUGGCCUCUAUGACUGCUCCAUUUCUCGGACAUAGUAUGAUUUAUUGCAGGAAGGCUUUUUGAACGAGGAUUAGCUUACGUUGGAACAGAUUAUUAUUCUUUUCCCCUUUGGGAUAAAUACAUUGAAUAUGAGUACAUGCAGCAGGACUGGGCCCGUCUUGCCAUGAUUUACACCAGGAUAUUAGAAAAUCCAAAUCAGCAAUUGGAUCGGUAUUUCAGCAGCUUUAAGGAGCUAGCUGGAAAUCGACCUUUGUCAGAAUUACGCACUGCUGAUGAAGCUGCUGCCGCGGCAGGUGUAGUUUCCGAGGCUACUGGCCAAGCAGUUGAGGGAGAGGUUCGUCCUGAUGGGGCGGAACAUUCUCCUAAAUCUGUAAGUGCUGGCUUAACAGAAGCAGACGAGUUGGAGAAGUAUAUCGCCAUUAGAGAAGAGCUGUAUAAGAAAGCUAAAGAGUUUGAUUCUAAGAUCAUUGGUUUUGAAACAGCUAUCAGGAGGCCCUAUUUUCAUGUUCGGCCCCUUAAUGUUGGAGAGCUUGAGAAUUGGCAUAACUAUCUGGACUUUAUAGAACGGGAAGGUGACUUAAGCAAGAUUGUCAAGUUGUAUGAGAGAUGUGUAAUUGCAUGUGCCAAUUACCCUGAGUACUGGAUACGGUAUGUUUUGUGUAUGGAAGCCAGUGGAAGCAUGGAUCUUGCAAAUAAUGUCCUUGCUCGAGCAACCCAAGUCUUUGUUAAGAGACAACCGGAGAUACAUCUUUUUUGUGCUCGGUUCAAGGAGCAGGUUGGAGAUAUAGAUGGUGCUAGAGCUGCAUACCAACUUGUGCAUUCUGAAAUUUCUCCCGGUCUUCUUGAAGCAAUAAUCAAGCAUGCUAAUAUGGAACACAGACUGGGAAAGUUGGAGGAUGCUUUUUCUUUGUAUGAACAGGCCAUUGCUAUUGAGAAAGGAAAAGAACAUUCACAAACAUUGCCAAUGUUGUUUGCACAGUAUUCUCGAUUUGUAUAUUUGGCUUCUGGGAAUGCGGAGAAGGCAAGACAGAUUCUGGUUGAUGGGCUUGAGAAUGUUGUGUUGUCAAAGCCACUACUUGAGGCUUUAUUGCAUUUUGAGGCCAUUCAACCCUUGCCAAAAAGAGUUGAUAUUGACUUUCUGGAGUCAUUGGUUGUUAAAUUCAUAAUGCCUAACCCAGAGAGCUCUGGUGUAGCUAGUGCAACUGAGCGUGAGGAUCUUUCUAGUAUUUUUCUAGAGUUUUUAAAUCUCUUUGGAGAUGUUCAAUCUAUCAAGAGGGCCGAGGAUAGGCAUGCUAAAUUGUUUUUGCCGCAUAGAAGUAUGUCGGAAUUGAAAAAACGUCAUGCUGAGGACUUCUUGGCUUCCGAUAAAACGAAAGUGCCAAGAAAUUACUCUGUUCAAUCACCUGCCCAAUCCCUGAUGGGUGCAUAUCCAAAUGCUCAGAACCAAUGGACUAAUUAUGGAGUACAACCUCAAAGUUGGCCACCAGUCACACAAGCACAAGGACAACAAUGGACUGCUGGCUACACCCAGCAGGCUUCCUAUGGGGCUUAUGCUGGAUAUGGGGGCAACUACGCAAACCCUCAAUUGCCUACAUCAGUUCCGCAAAGUACUGCUUACGGAGCCUAUCCUCCUACAUAUCCUGUACAGCCGGCACUUCCUCAACAAAAUUAUGCACAACCUGCUGCAGCUCCUCAGGCCUAUUACGGGGGGAGUUAUUACUGAGAUGAAUAGAUGAGAUGGCCACUUUUUGCUUCCUGUAAUUUUCUCUCACUCGAUAUUUUAGGUAAUUUGAAUAUUUUAGGGAAUUUGGAGCACAGGUUUAGUGUAAGCUUAAGUUAUACCACUGAAGAAAAAAAUCAUUUUGACUAAUUCGUAAUUGUAUUUUAGUUAUUUUGGUGCUUAAUACAAUUUAUUUUUAUUUGUCUUUUCAGCGGUUAAUGCUUGUUAUUUU